CAACUUUGAAAAAGCCACGUCGGCCACGCAAAGCUACAUUUUCGGAAUGGAGGGCUGCUGCACACACUCGGACGAUUCCCGCGGAAGAUUAUUGAUGGAUGGAAAUAACUGUAACUCUGGGCAACUGUGACCUUCAUUUUGUAAAUAUAACUCACAAAAUUUGAGAAUUCCUUCUAACUUGGUGUCUUCUAUGCGGCUAAUUCUGACUCCUAGAUCUCCGGAUUUCAGACCCCGUUCCAAGCUAAUCAUCUUCACCUCAGUGCUAAACUUGAUAAGAAUUAAUGUAAAUCAACUAACGGGAGGUAUGUAUUUGGGCGAGAUUGGCAAACUGAUUAAACGAUUGUUGGUAAUAGGAUUGGAAUUUGGUUGGAGAUGGAAACAUGAAGAUGAUUUCGCCGGCGGCACCACAUAGAGACCAAUCUACCGCAAAUACAAAUAUGACGCUAGGGUUCCCUAUGGCUUCACCGCCAGUUAAUUGUAUUGCAGGUUUAUGGCCCUUGAGUUUUGUGUGGGCUUUCAAUAUGGGCUAGAGGUGACUAAUCUUGAAAUUGAGAAUGACAACAAAAUAGAAGCCCAUUUCUAUAUCAGAUUGUGAUCAAAUAGAAGCCCUAGCCGAACAAUAAUAAAUCUUAAAUGUAAAUCAAAAUAGAUCCUAAUUAGAACUAAUGACACUUAAUUGCAAUAAAACUCCACUGUUCAUGUAAAAAAAUAAAUUAAUAACAAACAAAUGCACCAAAUGAUCCAUUUGUUCUCCAGGGGAAUAAUAAUCUGUUAAUAAAACAUACAUAUCACUACUACUAGUUUAAACAGUAGACAUGGGUAGAAUUGCUUAAAUAAACAGGAAGCAAGUUUGAGAUUUAUAGCCAAACAGAAGCAAAGCUGUUUUACAAAGGAAUAAAUCUGGCAAAUUAAUCACAUGUCUGAUCACGCAAACCACACUGCAACUGGAAAGUUCAAUCAAAAAUUUCUGGGAAUACUAUUUUUAGCAUCGAGUUUGGGUCUUCACCAUUAUCAUUCUCGAUCAAGAUUUUGAGACCUUGCCUUGUUGUAACUCUGGACAAUGCAACAUAGAGUUGGCCAUAACUGAAAACCUGCCUCUGGAGACAUAAGCCAACAUGAUCGAGUGUUUGUCCCUGACUUUUAUUAAUAGUCAUGCCAAAACAUAGAGCAAUAGGAUAUUGUCUUCUAAGGAGAGUGAAAUCAAGACUUUUGUAAUAUGUUGACAAUGUAAGUCUAGAGAAACACACGAUCACCUACAUUGGUACCAGUCAAGAUCUCCACCUCAAUGAACCAUUUCCCAAAGUCUUAACAAUCAUUCUGGUACCAUUGCAGAGCCCAACUGUUUGAUCCAUAUUCCGCAUCAAAAUUACUGGACAUCCCACUUUAAGUUUCAGUUCAUAAUCAGGAAAGUUACCAACCUUCAAUGUAUUCAGAAACUCAGUAGUAUAAUCAGCAUCCACCACACCCUCCUUUCCAGGUUCCAUUUCAAUUGAAUUUGAGCUGAAAUAUGUCACCUCAUCUCCUGGAAAUUUUGCUAAAAUAAAUUCAUUGAUUGCAGAAACCAUAUCAUGGUGUGGUGCCAAAAUAGCUCACCUGACCAAAUAAUUAUGAUCUGAAUAAUGACUGACUCACUUCUACUGUCACCCUAGGAAUUGGCCAAGUGAAACCACUUCCUAAAGCGUAGUAUAGCGGGUUAGGUUUAUAUGUCAACCCGGGUCCUAGAUCAGAUGACUACUCUGUGAAUUCUUGUUAUCUAGCAAUGAAACUGGAAUGCAAGUCUAAACUAUCAAACUAACAAAGCAAGUAAACGGUUGUAUUCAGGUUAAGAGAGGUCACCCGGAUAUGGUUCCCCCUAGACUGCAGUUAAGCCGGAUUGUAAUUACCAAGUUCAGUUUCUAUGAUAGUUAUACUGCGGAAGGUUCUUAAACAGCAUGAAGUCUCGACUAAAGGUCUUCAGACCCUCUCAAUCUGAGUCUCUAGCGGGCGACUAACCUCCACCGGAGUAAACAGAUUGAGGCCUUAACAAACAAAACCUCCACUACCGGAGUAAAUCCGGUACAGAAUAGCGAGUUGGCUCCUCGACUAAAGUCACCAACUCCCUACCUUCAAUCAAGGAUGCUCUAUUAACCUAAGCAGAUAUUCUCAUUCUAGGUUAAAGCAGAAACAACAGGAAUUUGAUCAGGAUUCAAGUCAUUCAAUCAUUCAAACCUCAAUUGAAUAUAAUCAAUCAUAGAAUCAGUACUUGGGUUCAUACAAUCAAAGCCUAACAUACAAAUCUAGGGUUCUCCAUACCCAGAUGAAUGGGAGAACUACUCCAUGGAGAAAGAAGCAAAAGCAAAAUCAGACGCGGAAUUCAUACUGUGAAGGAUGGAUUCCUGCUUCUGGACGUUGAUCGGCACUUCUCCAUGCUCAAACUGGCCUUCAAUGGUGUUGAAGAUCAAUCUAGGGCACUUGGAGACUCUUGUUCGUCGCUUUCUCUCUCUAGGAAUCGUUCUCUCUCUCAAAAACUCGAAUCCCCUUCUCUUUGGCUGAAAAUCUGCUUAAAAGGCAUCAGUGGCCAAAGCACGGUCGAGGGCACGGUCGUGUAAUGCCUCAGCCCGCCCGUGCUUUGGCUAGUGUUAAUUACACUAGGAGAAACACGGCCGUGCUUUUGGGAGGACACGACCGUGCUUUGGUGAAGCACGCCCGUGUUCUAUCUCAGCCCUGCCCGUGUUUUGGCCAAUGUUUGCCAAACUCGAAUUUGCUCUCGGCAGUAAAAGCACGGCCACAGAACACGGCCGUGUUCUGUUUUAGGUGUGCCCGUGUUUUGGCUCAGCUUCACCGAAAUGACUUCCGAAUGCCCCGAAACUCGUGCUUAGCCUUCCCUUUUACACCUUGGACCUGAAACAUGACAAAAUAGCACAACCCGGCAUAAAAUAGGCCAAAAACACACGACUAUGCCCCUCAAACGGAUAAGAACUAGGGGCGCAAAUACGUGCAAUUACAUCGUUAUCAAUGACUCAAAAGAUCACCAUAAAUUGAACCCACAAUAUCAGUAACAGGAUCUGAUUGGCGAGAUACUAAUAACUCAUGUGGAACUGAAAUAGUAGACUCACGAAAAACAUCUGAAUCAACCCCAUCACCAAUUUGCAAAAGCCAAUUCUGGAAAUCAGCAAUUGCUAGCAUUUCUUCUGGACAUUGAUUGCCACGUGCUAGCCUCAUAUUUUGGAUCAAUUUGAUUACCUUCAAAUGUUGCCACAAAUAAGACCUCUUAAUAGAUGAGUUGUCAGAAUCAGCUCGUGUACCUUUCAAUACUAUAGGCAGGGUUUGCGUAAAAUCCCCUCCGAAAACAAUUGUCAGACCUCCAAAUGGUUUCUCAUCACUAUUUUUAUAUCGGAAACGUAAUAUAUCUCGUAAUGAUUUAUCCACAGCUUCCACCACAUGUUUAUGAGACAUGACAACUUCAUCCCAAAUAAUCAAAGAAGCACGUUGGAUUAACUCUGCCAGCUCACCUCCCUGUUCAAUAUGACAGGUUGAUCGCGCAUCACUGUCAACUAGAAUAUGAAAUCGGGAAUGAGCUGUUCUCCCACCAUCCAUCAAAAGGGCUGCAAUACCAGAAGAAGCAACACAUAAAACCACCUUCUGCUCUGAACGCAAUUUCAAACAAAUGACCUGCCACAAAAAAGUCUUUCCCGUUCCACCACAACCAUUAAUGAAAAAUGACUUUCCUUGGUCACCAUACACUGAAGCCAUAAUUUCAUCAUAUGCUACUCUUUGCUGGUAAUUUAAUUUGGAAAUCAUACUAUCAAAUUUAUAAUGAAGAUCUGUGGCAUUGUAGUUAAGCUCUGCAGCGAUCAAUCUAUUAGAUGAAGAUUGCAACAUAUCAAAACUGGGAACUGGUAAUCCUGGAAAGUCUGAAAUGGUUUUGCAAUUCCUGGAGAGCAAUUUAUCAAUCUCAAGCAAGCAACAUUCUUUCAACUGAGACUCAGUCAUCUCCAAUGUACGCAUAUUAAGUUGCUUCCAACGGGAGUACAAAAUAUCAUCAGACAACAUUGUCCAAUUUCGUUCCCAUAAUCUGCCAAUAUCUGAAACUUGACAUAAGGUUAUUAUAGUGACAAAUAAAUCUCUAAGCUUCUGACCUGAUGCCCAAAGAGAUUGAUAGCAUCGUAUUUGCACGUGUUUUCACUCUGGUUUCCUGUCCAUUUUAGCUUGUCCUUGGCCUAUUUUACGCUAGGUUGUGUUGUUUUGUCGUAUUUCAGGUCCUAGCAAGUAAAGAGGUGCAUAGGCGCAAGUUUCGGGUCAUUUGGAGGUCAGAUGGUGAUUCACAGGACAAAUUACGGGCAGCCCCUGCCAAAUUACGACCGUAAUUGGUCAGGGCAUGCCCGUAAAACCAAUGUCGAGCCACUUUUGCCAAGAAUUCUUCUCGACACUAAAAUUACGGGCAAGCAUCCACCAAAUUGCGACCGUAAUUAAUGAAAUACUGGCGGUAAUUGUGAAAUUACGGGCGUAGCUCCUCUUCCAUCAGAGUGAAGUGAAACGCGCGUUUUGGGCGAAUUACGGGCAGGCCGUGAUUACGGCCGUAAUUCUGCCCGUAUUUCACCCAGAGUCGGGUUUUUGAAGGAAGAUUCGAGCCAAGGAAGGGGAUUCGGAUUUUUUGAGCAAAAACAUAGCCCUAGAGAGAGAAAGGACGAAGAACACAUCCUAGAAGUUAUCUUGGAGCUGGUUUCAUCAAAUCAAGCUUGGAGAUCAUCAUAGGAGUGGAAAUCAUCAUCCCAGAGCAGAUUCUUCCCAUAAGUAUGAGUAUGACUGCUUUGUAUCUUGUUUUCUUCUCUCUCUCUAUGGAGUAGAACCUCUCUCUCACUUGGGGAUGAAGAACCCUAGUUCUAUGUGUUAGGGAUUGAUUGUAAUGACUUGGGAUGAUAUUACUAUUUGAUUUUAAUCGAAUGAUGCAAGUUUAUUGAGUCAAUUGAAGUCUGAUCAACUUUUCCUGAUUCCUGCUGCAAUCUGAGAUAGAUAGAAUCUGAUUACGUUGCUAGAGUCUCAUCAUUCGGUAGUAGGAGAUUGGCUAUACGAGAGUUAGCCAGUUUACUGCUUUGUACUGGAAUCCAAUUCUAGUAGUGGAGUUUUGUUCUUACUGCUUCAGCUUUCUAUCCCGGUGAAGACUAGUCGUCUGCCGGGUAGUUAGACUGAGAGGGCUUGGUCAGCUUAAGAGAUUUCAAGCUACUGUCGGAUCUUCUGCAGUCUAAUCAACAGUAAAUCAACCCAGGGAAAUACAAUUGAAACCUAACUAAGGAGCUAGGGGGACUCAUUCCCGAGUGACUCUUACCUGCUUGAGAAAACCGUAUCAAUUCCUGCUUUCUUUCUGCUUUUGCUUUUACGCAACAAACACUCAACUUAGUUGGCUAGAUAAUAGAGAAUCACUGAGUAAGCAGUAGAUCUAGACCCCGGGUUGAUAAUAUAACUUGUCACUUUAAUGCAUUCCCGGACUGCGAUUAUACUUGGUCGCAGUUUGGUGUUGUGUUUUAGAGCAUCAAGUUUUUGGCGCCGUUGCCGGGGAACCUCUAGGUUAUUGGGGAAACGUGAGAAUUUGUUACUCUAGUUUUUUAUUUACUGCAUUUUAUCUCUUCCACCUGUGUGCCUUCACGGGUUACUUCUGCUGAUUGUGUGCAGGUAGUGCAUGACCCGUAGCCAGUCAGGAGAUCUACUACCACUAGACCAGGAGCUUGAACGAACCUGCAGAAACUUCAAGCGGGCUCUAAAGGCGCGACUGGCUGCGGAAGAGGCGCUAGCUCAGCUACAGAUCACUGAAGAAGAGGAGAUGGCUGAUCCACAGGGCCAUGAUGUGGUCAAUCCCAAGGAGCAAACCAUGGGACAUUACUGGACCGCCAGGGCUGCAGACAUGAGGUCACCCAUUCAACACCCUCAUAUCCCAGCCAAUAAUUUUGAGGUGAGCACCUCAGUAAUCACCAUGCUGCGCGGUUCGGUGAUGUUCCGUGGCAAAGAGGGGGAGUGCCCCCGAUCACAUCUCAGGCGAUUCCAUGAGCUCAUUGAUGGAAUCAAGAUCAAUGGGGUCCCAGCAGAUGCCAUCCAGCUGAGAUACUUCCCAUUCACCCUGGAGGGGCAAGCCAAGGAGUGGCUAGAUACUCGACCUCCGGGCUCUAUCACCACGUUCGCCAACCUGGCGGACAAGUUCUUCACCCGCUACCAUCCUCCAUCCAAGACAGCUGACCUGCAGAAGCAAAUUACCCAUUUUGCUUAGGAUGAGGAUGAGACCAUCAGGGAUGCUUGGGAGAGAUACACCAGUCUUUUCCUCAGGUGUCCCAAUCAUGGUUUCAAUGAUGCGUUCAAGGUGGGCACCUUCUAUCACGCCCUCUUCCCGGAGGACAAGCAGCUGAUUGAUUCGGUUUGUGGCGGGAACAUGCUGACCAAAACACCGCCACAGCUGAAUUAACUCUUUGAGGAGAU